AUGUACAAGAACACCACUGUGCGCAUAACGCCCACGGCGCACAUUAGCUUACACCACCUGAAAAACCUUCCAACAAACACAACACAAAACACACACACACACACACACACUCAAAUCAAUCAUCUAAAAAUCAAUUUCACCCCAAAACACUAAUCACACCAGACAAAUUUCUCCAAUCAAUCACUAUAGAUACAAAUCCUCUGUAAAUACAUACACACACAAACAAACCACUAGCUGAUCCUGUUGACUUCAACUCCAAUAGUCAAAAUUAGGGUUUGUGUUUGACUUUUUCUCAAUUCACACAUGGCUCAAUCUCCGUACAGAGUUCGAUCGGUUGGGGAUUACGUUGUGGGCAAACAGAUCGGGUCGGGUUCGUUCUCGGUUGUUUGGCACGCGUGGCAUAAGAUCCACGGUACCGAAGUUGCAAUUAAGGAGAUCAACACUGGAAAAUUGAACAAAAAGUUGGAAGAUAGUUUGAUGUCUGAGAUUGAUAUAUUGCGAAACAUCAAUCAUCCGAAUAUUAUUCGUUUGCAUGAGAUGAUCAAGGAGCCUGGAAAGAUACAUCUUGUGCUGGAAUACUGCAAAGGAGGUGAUUUAUCUAUGUUUAUUCAAAGACGUCAAGGUAGAAUUUCCAAAUCAACAUCGGCGCACUUCAUGCAGCAGUUAGCGGCUGGUUUGAAAGUCCUUCGUGAUAAUCAGAUUAUCCAUAGAGACCUAAAACCACAGAAUCUCCUACUGUCUACAAAUGACGACAAUUCAACAUUAAAGAUUGCAGAUUUUGGCUUUGCAAGGUCUUUGCAACCUAGAAACCUUGCAGAAACGUUAUGUGGCUCGCCGCUUUAUAUGGCACCAGAAAUUAUGCAACUUCAUAAGUAUGAUGCCAAGGCAGAUUUAUGGAGUGUCGGUGCAAUUCUUUUUCAACUUGUAACUGGUAGAACACCGUUCACGGGAAACAAUCAAAUUCAGUUGCUUCAAAACAUAAUGAAAGCAACAGAAUUGCAGUUUCCGUCAGAUGCGAAGGACUUAAGUCCCGAGUGCGUUGACCUGUGUAGAAAGUUACUACGACAAAAUCCGGUUGAAAGGUUGACGUUUGAGGAGUUCUUUACACACCCUUUUUUCACCCAAACAAGACCUGAUGAACUAUCAAGAGAUAGGAGGCCACAACGAACAACUGAUAGAUUUUCAUAUCCUAAAGGCCCGUCUUUCAAGAACACCGAAGAUAAUAGCCAAGAAGACAAUCUACCGUUUAGUCUUGAUUAUGAUUCAAGCGGUCCCGAUGGAAGUCCGCAAUUUAUUAAGCGGUCACCUCCGACUACGUACGGGUUUUCGCUGGAUAAGGAAGCUGAUAAAGGAGACUUGUCGAAAGAAACGAAAGUUUCUUCUAGGUACAGCGGUAUCAGACAAAAACCAGAUAAUAAUGGUUUUCCACGUGGAAAUCGUAGAUUGUCGGAAGGAAAUCUGAAAGAUUCUUUGAGAUCAGUUGACCCUUUGACUACACACUCCAAAGUGACGGACUCGUUAGAGUUGAUCGAUCAAGAUUAUGUUCUAGUAUCGGGUCCCCUUGCGGAUGCAUCUUCUUUGGCAAGUGUUUCUAAGGCGAGCCAAAUAACAGCACCUAAAUCACCUUCUAGGGACAUCCAUUCAACACCUAGUGCACCUCUGCCCAUCAUUGGCGGUGUCGCAAGUAUCAUCUGCCCCACCGGGAGCUUUGAAAGUCAAUGCUCCGCACCCUCUGGGACCUCCCACGGAUCGAUUGAUAUAAUCGAACAACCGCCAACCGACAGCAUGGCGAGAAUUAAAUCAUUGCAUGAUUGUGCCUCUGCUGUUUCCGAGCUCGUCAAUGACAAAAUUGUGGCGGAAAACCGACUAGAAGCGUUUUCAAUUCAGCUUGUGAUCCUUGCAAUAUGGAAGCAAGCGCUGGAUAUAUGUCACACGCAGGCUGCUUCAGCGAUUAAAGGAAGUCCAAGCCCCGAAACUACAACUUUUAACGCAACCACCAUGAAAGAAUUUGAUAGUCUUGAUAUCCAAGAAUGUCUGGAAGCUGCCACGUCGCCACAGGACGUUUGCUGUCAUAUCGAGAAAAUAUUUCUUAGUGAAGUUGAUAAUGCUGAACAACUUGCCAAGGUUAUAGAGUCUGGAAAUGUCGGGAUGCCGGAUGCAAUGGAAACAAUAUUUCAGGCUGCCCUUGAUUUUGGCAGGCGCGGGGCUGUGGAUGAGUGCAUGGGAUUUACUGACAACGCAGCAGGGUUCUAUUCAAAAGCGGUGCGUUUGUUAACCUUUCUUCUGGUGGAAGCACCUUCACUGAUUCUUAAUCCUCCGUUCUCGAUCACAAAUUCGGAUCGAUAUAGGCUUAGAACAUAUAUAGACGUUCUUAACAACCGACAAAGCCAUUCAAAAUCUCAAAGGAUAACGCUCCUCAAGACUGGUGGCGGUGGUGGUCAUGAUCACCUGAACUGAGUGUUGGUGUUUACACGUGGUUUGUAAAAUUCUUUCUUGUACAGUAAGCAAUUCUUUGUGUGAGUUUGAUUGGAAUAUGGUGUUUAUGGACUCUCCAUGAAUUUGUUCAUAUUCAACAGUUCUGUAAUUUAGACUGAUGAUAGCGAAAAAGAAAAAAAAGAAAAAGAAAUUGGGAGCCUGAAUUCUUGGUUUGAAA